AAAAAUUCGUCUUCUUUUUUCUUCUAUAUUUUUGUGGAUAAUUUUUCUGCGUUCUGGAUGAAGUCGAAUAUGAUUUGAUGUUGUAGAUCUGGUGACAUUUUGGUUAUGUGGAUUUGAUUUGAUGUAAACAAGUCUGCUUGUGGUCUCUUCAUUUACCACUAUGUCGGACCUUGAGGCCCCCCUACGCCCCAAGAGGAAGAAGAUUUGGGUGGACUACUUUGUACAGUUCCGAUGGAUAAUUGUUAUCUUUGUCGUUCUUCCCAUCUCAUUCACACUCUACUUCCUCACAUACCUUGGUGAUGUGUGGUCUGAGUGCAAAUCAUUCGAGAAGCGUCAAAAGGAACACGAUGAAAACGUCAAGAAAGUUCUGAAACGUCUCAAAGACAGGAACCCGAAGAAAGAUGGUUUGGUCUGUACUGCUAGGAAGCCGUGGAUUGCUGUUGGAAUGCGUAAUGUUGACUACAAGCGCGCUCGACACUUUGAGGUUGACCUCUCUGCGUUCAGAAACAUUCUGGACAUUGACAAGGACAGAAUGAUUGCCAGGGUGGAGCCUUUGGUCAAUAUGGGUCAAAUAUCCAGAGCUACUGUUCCGAUGAAUCUGUCCCUUGCAGUUGUUGCCGAGCUCGAUGAUCUCACUGUGGGUGGUCUGAUCAAUGGCUACGGUAUUGAAGGAAGCUCCCAUAUUUACGGCCUGUUUUCAGACACUGUUGUGGCUUAUGAAAUUGUCCUGGCUGAUGGUCGGUUGGUUAGAGCUACAAAGGACAACGAAUACUCUGACCUAUUCUAUGCCAUUCCCUGGUCACAAGGCACACUGGGACUCCUCGUUGCAGCUGAGAUUAAGCUCAUACCUGUAAAGGAAUACAUGAAGCUGACAUAUACACCUGUGGUGGGUAAUCUGCAGGAGCUUGCACAGGGAUACAUUGACUCCUUCGCACCAAAGGAUGGGGAUCAGGAUAACCCUGACAAGGUUCCGGACUUUGUCGAGACUAUGAUUUACAAUCCCACAGAUGCUGUUUGCAUGACUGGCAAAUACGCUUCCAAAGAAGAAGCCAAAAAGAAGGGCAACAAAAUCAACAGUGUCGGCUGGUGGUUCAAGCCUUGGUUUUACCAGCAUGCACAGACGGCGUUGAAGAAGGGUGAGUUCGUCGAGUAUAUCCCCACGAGAGACUAUUACCACAGGCAUACGAGGUGCUUGUACUGGGAAGGGAAGCUCAUUCUUCCAUUUGCCGACCAAUGGUGGUUCAGAUAUACCCUCGGCUGGCUGAUGCCGCCAAAGGUUUCUCUUCUGAAAGCAACUCAAGGUGAAGCCAUCAGGAACUAUUACCAUGAGAUGCAUGUCAUUCAGGACAUGCUUGUUCCUCUCUACAAAGUCGGAGAUGCUCUCGAAUUCGUCCACAAGGAAAUGGAGGUCUACCCGCUAUGGCUCUGCCCACACAGGAUGUACAAACUCCCGGUGAAAACCAUGGUUUAUCCUGAACCGGGAUUUGAGCUACAGCGCAGGCAAGGGGACACUCACUAUGCACAGAUGUAUACUGAUGUCGGAGUGUACUAUGCACCUGGACCUGUAUUGAGGGGCGAGCAAUUUGAUGGUGCUGAAGCUGUUCACCGAUUGGAGGAUUGGUUGAUCGAGAACCAUGGUUUCCAGCCACAGUAUGCAGUGUCGGAGCUGAACGAGAAGAACUUCUGGAGAAUGUUCGAUGCAGGGCUUUACGAGCAGUGCAGAAGGAAGUAUGGAGCUGUGGGCACGUUCAUGAGCGUGUACUACAAGUCGAAGAAAGGCAGGAAGACCGAGAAGGAGGUUCAGGAAGCUGAGCAGGCUAUUCUCGAUACUCCAGAUGUCGAAGAAUGUUGAUGAGUGUUUGUGUUACGAUUUUCGGCGGGGCCCACCGGGUAGAUUAAUUUGGCUGUUGUUUUUUUUUUUUCAUGUGCUGGUGUUUUCGUAUUUCCUUUCCUUCUCUUGUUUUAGAACCUGUUGACUGUGUAGUUGGAUCAGUGACUUCACUAUUUCUCCCAACGAAUGUAUUCUAUGUUUCCUUUGUGACUUGUGUUAGACUUUCACCUUGUAAUUUGAAUUUCCAUGCUGCAUUCUUGCUGCUAUUGAGGUUUGAACUUGGAUUUU